AUGACCCAGAAUGGUUCCAACAGUACCGUGAAGCUUAUCGGUACAUGGUCAAGCCCAUUCGCCUUGAGAGCUCGAAUCGCUCUACACCUCAAGUCCGUAGAGUACGAGUACAUAGAAGAAGCCGAUGUUCUGAAGUCCAAGAGCGACCUUCUUCUUAAAUACAACCCAAUCCACAAGAAAGUCCCUGUCCUAAUCCAUGGUGAUGACUCAAUCUGCGAGUCUCUCAACAUAGUUCAGUACGUCGACGAAGCCUGGCCUUCCAAGCCUUCUAUCUUCCCUUCCAAUCCCAAAGAACGUGCUUACGCUCGUUUCUGGGCUCACUUCGUUGAUGGAAAGUGCUUUGAAUCAAUCGAUGCGGUGGCUGGAGCUAAAGAUGACGCCGGGAGGAUGGCGGCGGCGGGAAACCUGAUGGAAUCUCUAGCAGCGUUGGAAGAGGCGUUUCAGAAAAGCAGCAAAGGCGGAGAAUUCUUUGGAGGCGAAAAUAUAGGCUACGUCGAUAUCGCAUGUGGAGCCAUAGUGGGUCCACUUUCUGUCAUUGAGGCGUUUUCAGGUGUGAAGUUUUUGAGUACGGAUACUACACCGGGAUUGGUCCAAUGGGCCGAGAGAUUCAGAGCCCAUGAAUCUGUGAAACCAUUCAUGCCUACCGUUGCUGAGUUCGUUGAGUUCGCUAAACAAAAAUUCAGUGUUCAGUGAGAUGACAUUUUAAAUGGAAAAUCUUUGAUGCGUAUUUAACAUACGCAAAGGAGACAAAUGUGUUGGAAUCUGAUUUAUGUUUUGCCAAAAACAUUGUUGUUUGUAAGAGUUACUAUCUGCGAGAUAUGUAAUAAUAAUUCGUUAUACCGAAUAUAAUAAACAUUAUGCUUGGC